AUCAAAUAUUUUAGAAUAUUCAAACAAGCUCUGUAAAGCAACCAACUUCACUCCAUCACCGAAUUACAACUAACCUCAGAAAGGCGGCGUGUUACCACAACAACAAAUCAACAGUAAAUGUAACAAUUGAAUGAACCAAACGCAAACAAGUCCUCAAUAAUGGACAGUGAAGAAUACUUGUUAACAUCAACCAAUUGUGCCCAGCACUGGUCCUGUGCCUUGUACAACCCCCACACCACAAACUUGAUAAAAACAUACAAAAAUGGAGGAAUCACGUCCGCCAAAACUCUUCAGAUCAUCGGCGACGACUAUAUAAUCGCCGCCGAACAGUCCAAGCCCAUUUUGCAUGUUUGGCAAUUGAACAGUCAGGAGGUGAACAAGAACGCCAGAUUAAUAUUGCCUGAGCCCACCAGUUGCUUGGCCGUUUGCCCCAAGAACGUGUACAUCGCCGCUGGAAUUGGUAGGAAGCUGUACGUUUGGAAGUUGGAUGGGAAGUUGCUGUCGGUCACCAAGAAGCACUUCCAACCAAUUACCUGCCUCACCUUCAGCAGUGACGGGCAAUUUUUGGCUGUUGCGGGAGAUGAUGGUAUUCUAUUGAUUUAUAAACUGGCUGAUUUGGUGGCCUUCAACACCAGUUACACUGUACAAAAGAACUUAGGACAGGUCGAGCCUUUGCACACCAUCACACAAAACAGUAUGGGUAUUACUGACAUGUUCACGGGCAAGUUUGGUAAAAAAUCUAGGUUGGUUACUGUUUCUGGUGAUCAGUCUUGCAGGAUUUACACCUUUAGUACUGGUGUUUUGUUGUUAAAUUUAGUUGCAAAUGAACCUUUGAUGGCUGUGAUUAUUGAUUUGCCAUGUUGGAAUGUAUUCGUUGGCUGUUUAUCUGGAGUCAUCAAACAGUUCAGCUUAAAAAGUCCCCCAAGGGUGCUGACCAAACAUUUAGAAGAUAACACUAGUACAGAUUUUAUAGGACACAACCAGGCUGUCAAAGCUUUAAGUAUUAAUAUGACUAACACUAUUCUAGCUUCAGGUUCCGAUGAUAAAUCGGUCAUUUUGUGGGAAAUUAAAAGUAGACAAGUACUCAAAAAGUUGGAGUACAACAGUGUAGUCACUAAUUUAAUGUUUGUUAAAGGUUUUAAAAACUUCACAGUUGAAAGUUUUAAGCCUAAAAUUAUUUUAAAGAACUUAGAACGAAAUGUUGAUGAAGGGAAUUACAAUUUUGUAUGUGCAAUUUAUCAAAAUGAAGAUUUGGAACUCAGCGAUGACGAAAAUUGCUUGGAGAAAACUCAGCAACGGGAAAGUUUGACUGUUGAAAAUAGGAGAUUGAGGACUGUUAACAAACAGUUGUAUGAUGUUGCUUUAAAAUUGAGCAACAAGUAUAAAUAAUUUUUACCAUUUUGUUUUGUUUAUUAAAUUGAAAAAGUUUGUGUUGCAUAUUUUAUAUAAUAAAACUUGACAUAUA